AUGAGUACAACAAAUACCCUGGAGAGUUGCGUCUCGUCGCUGCGCUCGAGCAUGCAAUUGCUCGACUCAUCCAUCAGCAUUCUCGAUGCUGGCACUAGCGACUUUCCACGUUUGGCCAAGGUCCUACAGGCCACUAGGCAUUUCGAACUCGUCUCCGAGCCUGAACUACAGAACGCUCAAUCUGCCCUUCUCUCGGAAAUUCAGCCCGAAGUCGAGUCCUUGCUCGAUCGUGUUGCCGCCUACCUCGACAAGCUACAGCGUCGCGAAGAGUCUUUGAUUGCAAAGUGCGAGUUACAAGAGGGUCGCUUGUCCUCCCGUCACCCUCAGCAACAAUAUCACCCGAGACCUUCAGCCAACUCAUCGUCACAGGCUGCCGCCAACCCGCUAGAAGAGCUCAAAAUGCAGCAGCUUAGACAGAAGAAAGACCGUCUCAGCUAUGCUGUCGGCCGCCUCGAGUUGCAAGCAAAUCAAAGAGAGCGACAAUUGAGAAAGAGCAUGGCUGGCUUUUGA